CUCAUUGUGUAGAUUCGUAUCGGGAACCCUGCAUGCUUGCAUGUAACAUUGAAUGCUAUGUAAAUGGCCGUGUCUCGCGGCAUUGGCUACCCGAUGUGCUGUGCCUCUCACUCUAUUGUAUAGUAUGCUUGCUUGCAUUGAAUUAAGAGCCGCAUAAGUUCAACAUGUCGUUCUUCCGACGUCCCUUUAGCCAGCGGACGACCACGACCGAGGUUGAAGGACGCGACGAAGCGGAAAUUUCAGAUGGCAGCCUCGACUUCGUCGCCGAGAAAGGUGGCAAUGACUCCGGGGUAUCAUAUCAAGAGGCAUCGGGUGCUCCCGUUGAAUCGCAAAGUCCGAUGGGCUACCAUGCAAACACCCUUUUUCUGAUCUUCCUCAACAUUGGAAAGAUGAUCGGCACAGGCGUAUUCUCAACCCCUUCCACUAUACUCAAGGGUACUGGAUCAGUGGGAUUGAGUAUGAUCUACUGGGGUUUGGGUUUCUUCACAUCAGCCAGUACUCUGUCAAUCUAUCUGGAGUAUAUGGCGUACUUCCCGAACAGAUCAGGCUCUGAGGUAGUAUACCUCGAGCAAGCCUAUCCACGCCCGAAGUACUUCUUCCCGACGACGUUUGCCUUCCAAUCUGUUGUUCUGUCUUUCAGCAGUGGUAAUUCAAUAGUGCUUGCUCAAUAUCUGUUCCGCAUUAAUGGACAUGCUCCAACCAGUUGGGAACUCAAAGGCGUAGCUAUCGCAGGAUACACAGUCGCAGUCCUCCUUGUCGCACUACAUACCAAGUUUUCCUUUCGUCUCACCAUUGGCAUCGGUGUUGUGAAACUCCUGACACUCAUCUUCAUCUCGAUUACUGGUUGGGUUGUUCUCUCAGGGAAGACAUCCGUAGCAAGCCCUCACGCGAACUUCGAAAAUUCUUUUGAGGGCAAAGCGACACCAUAUGGCCUGACCAACUCUCUUGUGAAGAUCAUCUUCUCUUAUUCUGGUUACGAAAAUGCCUUUAACGUUGUCAAUGAAGUCAAGAACCCUGUCAAGACGAUCAGGAACAGCGCCUAUAUCUCGUUGGGGGUUGUCACAGCGCUCUAUAUCUUCGUUAACAUUGCCUACUUCGCUGCUGUCCCGAAGGUCGAGCUGGCAGCAGCUUCGCAGAUCUCAGCAAGUCUGUUCUUUUCGAAGGUUUUUGGGUCAAGCAAUGCUGUCAGGGGCCUGAACUUUCUUAUUGCUCUUAGCUCGUUCGGCAACCUUGUCACAGUCACUAUCGGGACUUCUCGGAUGAUUCGUGAAUGUGGACGCCAAGGUGUUCUCCCGUGGCCACGAUUCUGGGCGUCAACAAGACCUCUUGGUACUCCGCUCGGUCCCUACUUCGUCAAGUGGGCGCUUACGACUCUCAUGAUCGUUGCGCCUCCCGCUGGUGAUGCUUUCAACUUCAUUGUCGACCUGCAAACAUACCCUUCUGCAGCCUUCAAUCUCGCGAUGGCGAUUGGUCUCUACACUGUGCGAUGGCGCCGCAAGCGACUUGGGCUACCGAGCGCAAGUUACCGAGCAUGGGAUGUCUCCGUCAUCUUCGCCAUCCUGGUCAACCUCUUCCUGCUCAUCAUGCCAUGGUACCCGCCAGACGGUGGUAUCUAUGCUGGUGAUGUGAGCUUCUGGUACGCAAGCUACGUGGUCACGGGUAUCGCCAUCAUCGCUGGAUGUGGCAUCUACUAUGCCUUUUGGAUCUACAUCAUUCCCAAAAUCCGCAAGUAUCAGAUUCGCCAACGCGUAAUCACACUGGGGAAUGGAGAGCAGACUCAUGAGAUAGUGAAAGUCCCCAAUGAACAGGUUGCAAGCUGGGAUGCCACUCACGAUGUUGUCGGCCGCGAGAUUGGUUCUACGCCUAGGUCUAACUCAGAGCGGCUGUCGGACCAGGAAGCUACCGAGGUCAAGGUUUAAGAGUAGUUCGUCUGGCCUAAGCAGGGUACAAUGGGGGACCCUUCAAAGAAUGCGG